GCGUUUUUGUCUGAAAAGAAAACAAAUUUUAAUGAAAUCGAAAGUAAAAAUUAAUUAAAAACAAUGGAAAGUGUGAGAAAAUUGAGUGAUGAUGAUAAAAUGAUCGAAAUUUGGCCACAAAUCGAUGAUGAAAAUGACGUAAAUGAUAAACUCUUGAACGACAAUCAAAAACCGCAAAUAAUGGGAGCAACUCGUACCGGCACCAACCAAAAAUCCAGAAUUUUCACGUUAAAUGAAGCUCUCGAGUAUGCAGGAGACGGAAUCUUUCACAAAUAUUUGAUGUUCGUGUGUGGCAUAUGCAUGAUGGGAGUUAUCACGGAGACACUUGUUGUGUCGUACAUCGUUACGUCAGCAGAAUGCGAUUUGUCUCUAACGAUGACUGAUAAGGGGCUUUUAACUGGAGCGGCAUUUUUUGGUGUUGUCCUGAGUUCGCAUUUCUGGGGAAUUCUCUCCGAUGCAUGGGGACGUCGAAAUGUUUUGCGAGUCGCAGUGCUUGGAUGCUUCGCUGCCUCACUUUGCUCUUGUUUCUCGCCAAAUGCAGCUGUUUUGAUCGUUUCAAGGACUUGUGUUGGAUUAUUUGUUGCCGCAAAUGCCGCCGUAUCGUAUGCCUAUUUGGGUGAAUUUCAUUCCGAUAAGACGCGUGCCAAAGCCGUCACGAUGUCUGGCGUGUUCAUGGCGUUCGGGAUGAUUUAUUUGCCGGCACUUGCGUGGGCCAUCAUAUCGCUCGGGCAAAAUUUGGUGAUUUUUGGCGUGGAAAUUGCGACUUGGAGGGUUUAUUUGACUUUGGUUUCGUUGCUGAACGGGCUUGUGUUACUUGGAUUGGCAUUUUUACCUGAAAGUCCGAAAUUUUUAUUGACAAAAGGAAGAGCAAGAGAGACAAUUGAGGUUUUGAAGAAGGUUUACAAAUGGAAUGGUAAAGAAAAAGACUUUAAUAUCAGAGAACUCCAACUUGAAGAUGAAGAAUCUAACGAAAAACGGGCGAAACAAAACCCAUGUUUGAUUGUGUGGACUCAAACGAUCGCUCUUUUCCGCCGGGAACAUGUUGUCAACACAAUAAAGACUUGUUUCUUGAUGGCUGGUAUAUUUUUUGCCUCAUCAGGGGUUUAUUUGUGGACUCCGGAUAUUUUAAAUAAUAUUAUUCAGUACAAAAAUCAAAGUAUUAGUACUUGUGACGCCUUAACGAUGGCUUAUGCUUCCAAAAAUGAAAGUCGCAUAAUAGAUUGUAACGACCAAAAUAUCGACACUUUUCCAUUUAUAGCUGCUUUGGGGAUGUCUUUUGUGUUUGCGAUUUGUUAUUUUGUCAAUGGAUUAAUUGUUACAAGUAUUGGAAAGCGUAAUUUGUUGAUAAUUUGGACAACAAUUUGUGGUCUAAGUAGCAUCAUCCUGAUAUGGUCAACGGAUUUUUACACAAUUCUCACAUUUUUGGUCAUUUUGUUGACCUCUGGGUGUUGCGGCAGCAUCAUAAGUGCCAUCGCAAUCGAUUUGUUUCCCACUUCCAUCAAAGCUAUGGCGCUCUGCCUGAUUCUGAUGUGUGGGCGAUUGUUUGCCGGUUUAGGCUCGAACGUCAUAGGUUAUUUGCUGCUCAUAAAUUGCGACUCUGUCUUCUGGAUGGUAGGUGCUGUGCUGCUUGGAUGCACAUUCGUUGGAUUGACCAUUCCAGGACCAUGAAACUGAGAAAUUACCACCGUACAUUAAUUUUUUAAGACAAAAAUAAAUUUUUAUAAUAGAAA